AUGUUGCUGCUGGUGGCUGGCAGGCUCGUCGUGACUGCAGCGCUGUUAUCAACGUAUCCUUCUCAAGCCAUGUCAAGCAAGUUCAACGUUGUCGCUCUUGUGAGCGGGGGCAAGGACAGCACCAUGAACAUGAUUCGCUGCGAGCAGCAAGGUCACAAGAUAGUAGCGCUGGCCAACCUUUUCCCGGAGGGAGAGGAGGAUGAGAUCGACUCUUUCAUGUAUCAGACCGUUGGGCAUGACGCGGUCGAGAGCCUCUCGGCGUGCAUGCAGCUGCCCAUGUAUCGCCGGCCAAUCAAGAAAGACCGUUCAUUGAACCUCGAGCUGCAGUACGAGCAGACGGAAGGGGACGAGGUCGAGGAGCUGUACAAGCUGCUCAAGUUUGUUAAGAGCGAGAACCCUUCCAUCAACGCCGUGGCAUCAGGAGCCAUCUUGUCCAACUACCAGAGGAUCCGCGUCGAGACUGUCUGCAUGCGACUGGGGCUGACUUCGCUGGCGUACUUAUGGCAGAGCGACCAGAAGGAGCUGCUGGAUGAGAUUAUAGAAAGCGACAUAGAGGCGAUAUUGAUUAAGAUCGCAUGCAUCGGAUUGCAUCCGGAUCGUCACCUGGGACAGACUCUUGCAGCUGCUCGGAGCACCUUGUUGAAGCUGAAUGCUGACUACGGCUGUCAUAUCUGCGGCGAGGGAGGAGAGUAUGAAACAUUCACCCUCGAUUGCCCUCUGUUCAAGAGCAAGAUUGUGGUGGACGAAACAAGAACUAUCAUGCAUCAGGAGGAUCACUACGCGCCUGUCGCGUACCUCAAGUUUGUCAGGUGGCACCUGGUCAGCAAGACAGAGGGAAGGGCAGCAGCAGCUCCCGACAUCGUGAUCGUCUCAGAUGAGCUGAUGGAGGACAGAAACCUGAGGAUUGACUCAGAGAACGCUCGGCGUGUUGUGGUGCCGCAGACCGUCGAGCACAAGGACAUGACGCACUACAUCCCGGCGUUCUCGCUGCUGUCGAGCGAGACCAAGGCGGAGAUGAACGGGCGGGACGACAACAACAUGUCCGUACAAGAAGAGAUGCGAGCUCUGCUGGGGUUGUUGCAGGACGAGAUGAAGCGGAGAAAGCUUGACUUCUCCAGCGUCUCUUUUGUCUCUCUGUACCUCCACGACAUGUCAAACUUUGCAGAUGUGAACAAAGUCUACAGUAAUGUUUUCCCAUUGAGAUGUCCAGCAGCUCGGAUGUGCGUCGGCCUCCCGCUGUCGGGGAGAGGAGGAGAUCGUAUCAUGAUCGAGAUUUGUGCCAACGAUUGCACACAGACAACAUUGCACGUGCAGAGCAUCUCACAUUGGGCGCCCUGCAACAUCGGGCCGUACAGUCAAGCCAAGACUAUCCAAGGCAAGAUUGUCCAUGUCAGCGGGCAGAUCGCUCUUGAGCCGGCGAGCAUGACGUUGGAGGGUUCAGACCCAGAGGCUCAAAUCUAUCAGUGCCUGAGAAACUUGGAAGCAAUCUUGUCCGAGUGUGAUUCCGCAAACCGGCUCAUCUUCAAGAACUCUGUCUACAUGGUUGACGUCUCGAGCGCCCUACGAGCCCAGCAGGUCCUCCACGAGUCUCUCUCCUCCGACUUCGCCCGCCCCAUCACCAGCUUCAUUGAGGUUUCAAGUCUCCCACGAGGGGCGCUGGUCGAGUUGCAGGUGGCUGCCUUCACCACCUCGCUGGCCCGCGGGAGCCUGGCUGAAAAGUUCGUCUCGAGGGAGAGUAGGGAAGGGAUGCUGAGCCUGAGCUGCGGCAUGCUUGCGUCCUGCUGGUCCUUCGUCGCCCUCAUGGACACGGAGGCCGCAAACUGCUGCGAGGACGCGAUGAGGAUGAUCGAGGCAGCAGUGGAUGACAUGAUUGAGUUCGAGCUGGACGCCCAGGACGUGUCAACUUGCCGCAUGUGGUAUGUGAAUGAGUCGCUUCCCCCGGCUGCAGUCCAACAGCUCAGCCUUGCCCUCCGGUCCCAGCAGAAGCUCCAGAAGGUCUCGCUGCUGCCGGCGAACGGCCUUGGGGUAGAGGACGAGGAUCGGGUAACGCGAGGAGACCUCCUCCUAGAGGUUAGCGGGGUCAAGCUCCGCACCACCCACCAGUAA